UUUUAUUUAAAUUUUUAUAUUUUUAAUAAAAUAUUUUAUUAAUUAAUAUUGUUGUAAUAGGUUUAUAUGUGUUAGUUGUUUACAAAAUUUUUAUGAAUUCAAAUUAGUUAUGACAAAUAUAAAGACUAUAUUAUAAAAUAUAAAUAGUUUUGAAGUUGAGUUUGAAAUUUUGCUUUUGGAAAAAAACACCUUUAAACUUCAAAUAUAAAAUUUUGAAAACUUCAAAAUAGAGUUUGUUUUUGGAGAUGAUCUUAACGAGAUGUUAUUCUGAGUUUAUAACCCACGAUUUUCGAAAAAGAAAAGAUCGGAGUUUUCUUACUGACCAGAAGUAUCUGGACGAAUUCUAACAAAUUUUUAGAGAAAUAAUAUUGAUGAAUAGCAUGAUUUAGGAUUUUCAAAUAAGGCUUAAAGCAUGAUUCAAUGCCAAAUAACAGUAAUUUUGUUUUAUCAGAAAUCGAACACAUGACCGACGAGUUUAUACGUUACUUACUUCUAUUAUUUGGUUAACUUUAUUAAACUUGAAGCAAACAAAAUAAGGUUUCGACUGGCAACAUGAUAACAUGCAAAACAAUUAUGAUGUGGUAAUGAUAGUAACAAAAAUGUAUAAAUAUAUAAAUUUUUUUGUUACUAUUAACUGUGGUAUUCCAAAGAAUCUAAGAGUUUAAUUACUCGUCUUCGUAUUGUCACAAAGUAAGCGUAGUUCUUUUUCCUUUCUAAAGAAAUUAAUUUAAAAAAUGAUUGAGUUCUUAAAAAAUGUUAUUCUGAGUUUUUAACCGAUGAUUUCCGAAAAUGUAAGAUAUGAGUAUAUAUAUUAACGAGGUCAUUGUAAAAGUAUGAAAAUAAAACGAGGGAGGAAACAAGAAUAAUUCGAAAUCAAAGUAAUCGCAUAAAGUAUUGUGAAAACAAAUAAUUAAAAUGUCGCUGGAAAGAACACAGACUCUUCCUCCUCAUGUCAUAUCAAUGUUCAACUUCAAGUUCCCCACUUGACCCAUUGGUCACUCUCUCUUUCUCUCUCUUCACAUAUGAAAUUACUCUUUUAUACGCUGUGUAACAGUCAGUCUCCUCUUUUUUCUUCUCUCUCCUAUGUUGUACUCAUCUGCUCUGUCUCUAUCUCUUUAAAUGACCUCCUAAAAUGAUCUUGAGUCUUGAAGCUACUCACUCUUUAUUCUUGACAAGUGUGAUUUUGUGUAUUGGCUCUCUACCGUCUCCCAAAGUAGAAAAGCUAUAAAAUAAUAAACGGGAAAAAAAAUCCCACUUUUGAUAUCUUCCAAUUAUAUAUCUCAUUCUCUUCUUUUUCUAUAAGCAGAAACAAACUUUCACUUCUCUCUUUUUUCAGCUUAUUCUUUCUUUGCCUCACCAUAUUUGCUCAUAUGUGUUUGCUUAUAGUAAUCUCACCAUGACAAGCAGCUAAGUCCUUCUUUCUCUCUUUCUCUUUAUUUAAUUUGAUUAACAAUCUAAAGAACCUUAUCUCUUUGAUCCAUAUAAGAAAAGCAAAACCCUAAAUCCGAUUUCAUCAUCUUUUUCUACUUCCCAAACUCAUAAACAAGCUAUGGAGUUGAUCUCACAGCAAGCAAACAAGAACCCUAAUACCUUGACACAAUCAACACCUCCUUCCUCAAGCCGGUACGAGAACCAGAAACGCCGUGACUGGAACACCUUCUGCCAAUACCUCCGGAACCACCGUCCUCCGCUCUCUCUCCCGUCGUGCAGCGGCGCACAUGUGCUAGAGUUCCUCCGCUACCUCGACCAGUUCGGGAAAACAAAGGUCCACCACCAAAACUGCGUCUUCUUCGGCCUCCCAAACCCUCCCGCGCCUUGCCCUUGCCCUCUCCGACAAGCCUGGGGCUCACUCGACGCCCUAAUCGGCCGCCUCCGUGCCGCCUACGAGGAGAACGGUGGCCCUCCCGAGGCUAACCCCUUUGGCUCACGCGCCGUCAGGUUAUUCCUCCGUGAAGUCAGAGACUUCCAGUCCAAAGCUCGUGGUGUUAGCUACGAGAAGAAGAGGAAGAGAGUCAACAGGCUGAAAACGCAAACGCAGCCGCCUCUUCAGCUGCAGCAACAACAAGAACAGCAGCCGCAACAAGGUCAGUCUAUGAUGGCUAAUUACUCGGGUGCAACAGUAUGAUCAUAUUCAUAUAUAUAAAAAAUCUAUAUAAAAUUUCCCCACUUAAAUAUGUAUUGUCUUAUUUGCUUCUCUAUGUGCUACUUAUUUGCAAUUAUCCUCGGAUGCUGUUGUUGCUUUUGUAGUUGUUUAUGAAUAAAAUAAAUUAUGAUUAUUCACGCUGAAGUGUUUAAUCCUUUGUGUU